GCAACGGCGGCAAUGGCGGCCGCCAGCGCGAAGCGGCCCAAGGAGGCGCAGGGCACGGAGAGGAAGGUCGACUGGCGGCGCUGGAAGCAGGAGCGGAAAGCAGAGAAGAAGAAAUGGAGGGAAAUAAAACUCCUAAAGAAACUGGAGAAGCAGAGGAUGCARGAGCUCGCUGCGAAGGAGCAGCCUGAAAAGGAAGAGGAGCAGAARGAGGAUAAAGGGCGUCACUACACCCUGAGCGUCGCCCUGCCAGGCUCUAUCCUGAAUAACGCCCAGUCCCUGGAGCUGCGGACGUACCUYGCUGGACAGAUUGCUCGGGCUUGUGCCAUCUUCUGCGUGGAUGAGAUUAUAGUAUUUGAUGAGCACGGAGAAGACGCAAAGAGUGUGGAGGGGGAAUUUUCCGGAAUUGGGAAGAAAGGCAAGGCUUGUGUGCAGCUUGCUCGCAUCCUGCAGUACUUGGAGUGCCCUCAGUACUUGAGGAAAUCCUUUUUUCCAAAACACGAGGAUCUGCAGUUUGCAGGGCUGCUGAAUCCCCUGGACAGCCCCCACCACAUGCGGGUGGACGAGGACUCGCAGUACCGAGAAGGUGUCGUGUUGGACCGGCCAACUAAGCCGGGCAGAGGCUCUUUUGUUAACUGUGGGAUGAGGAAGGAGGUGCGGAUUGACAAGCAGCUGGAUCCUGGUCUGCGAGUCACCGUGCGCCUGGAAGAACCUCAGAAUCCAGACAGCAAAGUGCGACAGGGCACCGUGGUGUCCUCGCAUCAUCCUCGGACUGCGUCAGGCCUGUACUGGGGUUACAGCGUCCGCCUUGCGUCCUGCCUCAGUGCUGUCUUCUCCGAGUGUCCUUUCAAGGAAGGCUACGACCUCUCCAUUGGCACCUCGGAGCGGGGGUGCUCUGUGGACCAGGCCUCUCUUCCCUCCUUCAGGCAUGCCCUGGUCGUGUUUGGAGGUCUSCAGGGCUUGGAAGCUGGGGUUGAUGCAGACCCAAACCUGGAGGUCACCGACCCAAGCGUCUUGUUYGACUUCUACCUGAACACUUGUCCCAGCCAAGGCAGCCGAACCAUCAGGACAGAGGAAGCGCUGCUCAUCUCCUUGUCUUCGCUGAGACCCCACAUCGAGGAGGCUGUGAAGACACCCAGAGACAGCCAAGGGAAGGAGAAGCCCUGAUGUUACCACUGGCCGCGGACUGGCUCCAGGGAGAGCCCUUUGCUGGGCAGAGCGCUCCAAGAGCCCCUCCGGGCUGAGCCUGGAGAAGGCAAAAGACACAACGURACUGAAGCUGACAGUGCUUAGCCAGACUAAUUGUCCAUUUGUGCUGGGAGCAGGAAGGCUGAGCUYUCCUGCCUGCAUGGUCCAGGCCUGCGUGCCUCCCAGCCACAGGAUAAGCCUCAYGUGGAGCUCACUCCAGGUACCUU